ACGAAACACAAAACACAAGCGAACUUUCGAUAAACAAAAAAUCCCUUUAGGGCACAACAAAGCGAAGAAACACUUCUUCUUCAACAAAAAAAAAAACCCCAAUUUCGCGGCUAAAUCAAUCGCUUCUACUGGUACGUACUCACUCUCUGAAUUCUCCUUCAAUCUUCGAUUUAUCUUUCUGGGUUUUGUUUCUCUCAAUUCAAUUUUGAUAAAUUUGACUGUUUCUUCGAUAAAGCUUGAUACUUUAAAAACUUAAGAUCUUCUCAAAUUUGUCUUCUGUUUCGCUGUUUUCGAUAGUUUCUUACCUCAAAUUUCUCCGAAAUUCAGAUUCUUUCAGAAAUUUGGGUUUGAUUUUACUUUCUUAGUUAGUCAAUUUGUUUGAGCUCAGAUUCUAUAUGAACUUCUUUCUCUCUUACUUUGAUUUUUGAAUUCAGGUGGGUUUUUUUUAGGUCUUGGAAUUUGAGAGAAGGAGACCAAUUUUAUCUUUAGAUCUUCUUUAAAGAUUGAGAAUUUGGAUGAAGCUGGAUUUGGAAAUUUGGAUUUAGUUUCAGGUGAAAAAAUUGUUGGAAGAUGGGUUCAGAUCAAUGUUUUCAACGAUUGAAUACACUUGAGAUUAAAGCCCAAAUUUAUCAGAAGAUUGGGUAUCAGAGAGCUGAUACUUACUUCGGUCAGCUCGGUAACUUCCUUACCUCGAGGAUAAGCAAGUCGGAGUUCGAUAAGCUAUGUAGCAAGACGGUUGGUAGAGAGAACAUUUCUCUACACAACCGUCUAGUACGUUCGAUUCUCAAGAAUGCAACUGUUGCUAAAUCUCCACCACCGAGAUAUCCGAAGACAUCCGGAAUUGCGAAUCAGAAUCAGUCUCUUUAUGGGGAUUCUGGGUUCCCUCCUUCGCCGAGGAAAUGCAGGUCGAGGAAAUUUAGAGACCGGCCUAGUCCGCUUGGUCCACUUGGGAAGCCUCAGAGUCUUACUACUACGAAUGACGAGUCGAUGUCAAAGGCACAAAGACUUCCAAUGGAAGUUGUCUCUGUUGAAGAUGGAGAAGAAGUUGAGCAAAUGACCGGAAGUCCGAGUGUGCAGAGCAGAAGCCCCUUAACCGCUCCACUUGGAGUUUCUUUCCAUCUUAAGAGCAGAGCUAAAAAGUCUGUUUUCAGUUCAUACAAUGGUAUCAACCGUGAUACUUGUCAAAGCAGCGGCGAGUUACCUGAUACAAUAACGUUGAGAGCUCGGUUGGAGAGGAAAUUGGAGAUGGAAGGGAUAAAGUUAUCUAUGGACUCUGCUAAUCUUCUUAAUAGUGGAUUGAAUGCAUAUAUGAGAAGGCUGAUCGAGCCUUGUUUGAGUUUAGCCAGUUCUCGGGUGAGAGAGAUGAACAGUCAACAAAAGCGAGCGGUGUCUAAUGUAUCCAUGUUGGAUUUCCGUGCUGCAAUGGAGUUGAAUCCUCGGGUUCUUGGAGAGGAAUGGCCUAUACAUCUAGAGAAGAUCUGUUGCCGUGCUUCCGAAGAGUAAAGUUGUAGAAAAACACCGUAAUUUAGCAAUACACCGAUAUUGUAUUUGAUUGACAGAUUUGGUACCUGUACCUGAGAUUCUUUCCUUGGGUUUGCGUGGAAUUGCAAUUAGAGAUUUCUUGAGGAAGCUUUGAAGGGAAACAAAGAUUCUUGGGGUUGUACAAGUUCUGAUAGAUAUAUAGUUUAAAUACCCAUUUGUUUAGUUACUUUUUCUGUAUUUUUUUCCUCAUGUCUAAUGUAACAAAUUUUCCAUGAAAGCAAAAGAAAAUUUUAGCAGUUCC